UUACAAAGAUUUCUUGGAUUACUAACAUAUAUUUCAAAUGAAGGUUUUAUUAAAAAUCUUGCAGCUGAAAGAAAAUUACUUCAACAAAAACUUAAGAAGGAUGCUAUUUGGUCAUGGACCGAAGAAGACGAAAUACUUAUUACUAAAUUGAAAUAUUUAUGUCAAGAUCUUCCUGAAUUAUAUCAUCCAUCAGAUGAUGAUCUAAUUAUUAUUGAAACUGACGCAUCAAAUGAAUGUUGGGGAGGUGUUAUGAAGGCUAAGCCCCCUGGCCAAAAGAAAGAAUUACUAUGCAGAUAUAUGUCUGGAACCUUUUCAGACAGUGAAAUUAAUUAUCCUACUCAUGAAAAAGAAACAUUAGCAUUAAUUCGGAUGUUAGAAAAACAUCGAAUUUAUGUUCUUGAUAAAGAAUUUAUUGUUAGAACUGAUUCUACUUAUGUUGCAGGUUUCAAAAAUAUUAAUCAUAAAGGAACUUACAAGCAAGGCAGGCUUAUAAGAUGGCAGAUGAAACUAGCCGAAUAUAAUUACUCAAUUACUCACAUUAAGGGCGAAAAGAACGUACUUGUAGACAUACUUUCAAGAGAAUGGAACGAAUCUCAGAAGAAAUUUUGAAACAACAAUUGGAGUUAAAAGAAGCACUAAGAAUUCACAAAAUAAAAGAGCAAGAACUGAUUGGAAAGGAAGUGGAAUUAAUCGAUAAGGAAAUAGAAAUUUUAAAAUCUCAACUUAAGAUGAAGAAUCCACUUGAAGAGAUUAAACUAAAAGAACCUAAGAAAUGGUAUGUAGUAUUUAACGGACCAUUUCCAGGAAUUUACGAUGAAUGGUAUAAAGCAGCCCCUCACUGUACAAAAAUCUCAGGAGUUACUUAUAAAGGGUAUGCCACCAAAGAAGAAGCUGAAAAAGCAAUGAAUGAUCAUAGAGAAUCAGAAAAAUCAAGAAAAGAGAUUUAUCUUGGCCCAAGAACUUUUUCAGAAACAACAAAGAAUAAUGCACCAGAAAGAACAUCUAUGAAAAUCUUAGGAAGAAUUCCUUCUUCCCUGGAUAAUUUGCCAAUUAUGUCUCGAAAAGAGCAUGAAAAUCAGGUUAAAUUCUCUGAAGAAAAAUUUAAGGAGAAUUUAAAAAGACUUACUUACUGGACCGAGAAAGAAAAUACUAAUUGUUUCUAUAUGGUGGAUAGAAAGCUUUUUGGAGUAAAAGCUAUAAUUACACCAGGAGCAUCCCAGUUACUAACAUUUAAUAUGUUCCAAUUUGGACUUAUUGAAUGCCUUUAUUUAAGUAAAAAUCUGGAAGAAAUUAAUCUUUUCCCAUAUAAUUUUAAAGAAUCAGUCCAGAAUUUUAAAAAGAAUAUUGCUGGAGAAAGAAAUAUUUAUUUAAAAUUUUAUUCAGCCUAUCCGGAUUUUACAACGAAUCAACCAGCCAAGCACUUUGUCUUCAUUGGAGUAAGCAAUAAUCAAUUUCCUUUAAGAGAUGACUCAAAAGAAGAAAUGUAUGAUGAUGAUCACUUAAAUAUAAUUUUAUCCAAUCAACUUUCAAGCAUAUUCUUUCAAUGUCAAGCUAUUGGAAAGAAUUCAUGUAUGAAAGUAUUGUACAAAGCACCUAAUUUCCUACUACUAAGCAAGACAAGUGGAAAGGUACUAAAGGAUAGAGAUAUCCAUCUAUUGACCUCUUUUGAGCUACCAUUCUAUGCAUUUGAUAAGGAGACAAUGAAUUAUAAGUCAUGUGUACUUAAGGAGUUAUGUUCAAGUAUAAAAAAGAGUGAAAAUCAUGCAUGUGAAAGAUGUUUUCAAGAAAAAGAUGCCGUGGAAGUAACCAAGUGUCUAGAAAAGUCCAUGUGUCUUAAGGAUGAUGACAAGGAUGAAGCAAUAAUGGAGUCAUGAAGAUGAGGAUAAAGGAAAGCAAUAAUAGAGUCAUGAAGAUGAGGAUAAGGGGAAGUAAUAAUAGAGUCAUGAAGUAGAUAAAAAGUAAAGUCAUUUGUCAUGUAAUGUUAAAGUGUCUUAAAUAAGUAGUACUAUAGAUGAAUAGUACUAUGCAUUAUUGUGAAUAGAAAAUAAUAUUAUAAUGUGUGUUUAGGGCUAUAAAUAAGGGCUUCUACCAUGGGAAGGAGCAAGUUGUGAAAAACAACCUUUGUGUAAGUUUCUCUUUAGAAACAUAUGCUAAUCCUUGUAGGAUUUAGCUUGGCACCUUUUGUGUGCAUUGUUGUAACAUAAACUUAUAUUAAUAAAACCAUGUUUCUACUUAUUCAAGACUCAUUCAAUUAAAUUACACAACAUAUAUAUCUAUUAAUCAACUAUCUCACAUAAACUUACGGAAGCAGCGGUGGACCAAAAUUUCAGAAGAAAUCAUGAUCAGGUAUAAUUUCUUUAUUUACUUACUUUUAUUAAGUGUUAUAAUUUUCUUAUAUGUCUAGCAUAACAAAAAUGGAUAAAGAAAUAGUAAAUGAUAUAGAACAUUUACAUAUUACUGAAGAAGAUGGAAAUUACGAAGGAAGUAUUUUAAUAGAUCCAACCCUAUUUCAAA